GUUAUCGAGAAGCUUCUUUACCGGCAGUCAUCAACUUAUACAUAAAAUCCAACACAUGAUUGAGCGCUCUGAAUCUUGGAGACAAAGUUUCUCAGAGCAGGUACCCGUGGCUUUUAUCCUUCAUUUUUCCAUCUCACCAACGACGUCGAGAUCCCAGCUUCAUUGUCUCAAAGUUGAAGGCCCAUCGAAAAAGGGACUUAUUUCACAAAGGCCGUUACACAGAAAAGGCCGUUACACAGAAAAAGCCUCCAUCACCAAGCCUCCACCUUCGUCAAAUCCGCCACAAUGGGUUCCCUCAGUCCAGACACCAAGAAGCCGUGGAUCCAAACACCAUGCAUUGCAUCAGCUACUCUGUCUCGCGCAGCAGGAUGCAACAUCUACCUCAAACUUGAAAACCUCCAACCCUCAGGCUCGUUCAAGUCCCGCGGUAUAGGCAACCUCAUGGUCCGCGCCGCCGCCGACGCACCGCCCAACCAAGAAUCCCACUUCUACUGCUCCUCGGGCGGCAACGCCGGCCUUGCCUGCGCGACCUCGGCCAUCGCCCUCAACCGCAAGGCCACCAUCGUCGUGCCCAUGACCACCUCCCCGCUCAUGAUCUCCAAGCUGCGCCUGCUCGGUGCCGACGUCCGCCAGAUCGGCGCAAACUGGGCCGAGGCGGACGCCCACCUCCGCGAGGUGAUGCUCGCCAACGACCCGGCGGGCGUGUACGUGCCCCCCUUUGACCACCCGCACGUCUGGGACGGCGCGGCGACCAUUGCGGACGAGCUCGUCGCGCAGUUGGCAUCAUCAUCGCCUGAGAACAGAACUGAGGUCAACGGGAUCGUGUGCUCCGUCGGCGGCGGCGGUUUACUAGCCGGUCUCGCGCAGGGCGUCUCGCAGAACCAGUGGCCAGGGAAGGAACCGCGUCUGAUGGCCGUGGAGACGGUCGGCGCGGACAGCCUCAACGCCAGCGUGCUCGCCGGCGAGCACGUCACGCUGCCGGGGAUCAAGUCCAUUGCGGGCUCGCUGGGAGCGGUGCGCGUCGCGGCGAGGGCGUGGGAGGUCGCGAGGGACACGCCCGGGUUCCAGAGCGUGACGGUUACCGAUGCCGAGGCGGCGAUGGCGUGUGUGCGCUUUGUGGAUGAUGCGCAGCUGGUGGUUGAGGUUGCCUGUGGUGCGACGAUUGCGACGGCCUAUAAUGGCGCGCUCAGGAAGCAUUUCGGUGCGGGUAUGUCGGAUGAUGAGUGGGCGAAGCAGAACAUUGUGCUUAUUGUGUGCGGCGGCUCGAACGUCACUAUGGGGAUGUUGAACGAAUACCGUUCAAAAUAUGGCGAUGCUUCAUGAAACCAUCGCUUAAGCGUGGAACAGAGAUCUGGAAAGUAUAAAAGAAGGAACCAGCUUGGGCAUACCCCGAGGAUAGCCUCUGUCCGGAGGAUUCG